AUCUUCUCCAUUAUAACAGCGCGUCCGGUCCUGAAGAACAGCGCAUGUCCGAUCGCCAAUCUUCAUCUCCGUCUAGCUUCUCCAUGUCUUCGUUGUAUUCCAAUCUACCAGAUAGAUUCGCAGCGGCUCUCGCCGCCUUCAUCGGAGCAGAUCGAGGUUAAUUUAUAUAUCUAUUUUUAUUUUUUUAGUCUGGAGUUUGGAUGUUUAUCAUACCCUUCACCUUCACCACCUCCCCUACCUCCCCCACGAGGCCAAUCGCCGCCCCCCACCGACGCGUGGAAGAUUCGAUUUCCCUGUAUCACGGCCAAUUUGGAGCAGCUUUCGGUUUCUGCCACCAUCUCAUCUUCUUCGGAUGAGAUUAGGUAUGGAUCUCUUUUAUAGUCUCUUUUUUUUGGUUUUUUAAGAAAAAUUGUUCAUUCCGGAAUCAAGCUCUCUUGCUCGGUAUAUGGUCGCGAUACCUUGAACAGAUUGGGUAGUUGUACUCGAUUUCGACCUAGGGUUUCAUUCAUUGAAGUCAACGUGCUAAUUGCCGGUCCGGCCAGACGACCCAGUCUCAGUCCCUACUCUCUAAACAUUGCUUUCAGCCUUUCACCAUUCAAUGCAAGAAACUCAGCAUUUAAUUCUUGUUUAUAGCAUGUAGUUAUGUUUUGUCCCAAAUGAAUAUACCUACUCCGAAGUAUUGUAUAUCUUUUGCAUUCACUGUUAACAUGUAUACUCUUGCAGGAUUUUGUGGUUUGCACAUAUGUUUUUUAGUAGUAACUAUUUAUAAAACUCAGUUCUAAGCAUUAUUUCCAUAGUAUCAAUUAUUUUCCAGCAGGGAAGAAGUUGGGCCACUGAUGAUGAACACUACACUUGUCAGUGAAAGUAAUAAAUCUACUAAGUUCAAUUCUAAUGAUACAUGGAUUGAUAAUGCUCUCGAGUUUCUGUCGUGCAAUCUUGGUCUGCUGUUUUGAGGCCUUGUAUGCGGCUGGAAGCAUGGGGCUAAUAGGGGAAGAGGAUGGGUUGUGGCAAAAUAUGUGCUUUUAUAUGAUGAACAAGGAGCUGGACUUGAUCCGAUUGCUUCAACUGUUGUGGAAGAUCUAUAUUGAAGCCAAAUCCCAAAGCUGGACUAAAUGUAUUUUUCGGACUUAUAGCUGAGUUUUCUAGGCCUUUUGGUUAGUUUCUUUUGAUGCCACUAUAUUUGUCACUCUCCAGUGGUUUAAUAAAUAUGUAUUGCGAUA